AUGCUGAGGUUGACGAAGGUUUCCCUAUUCGCCACAAUAUGGGCCGUGAGUACAGCUGCACAUACUGUGAUUACAUAUCCAGGAUGGAGGGGAAACAAUCUGGUUCUGAAUGAGACAUUUCUAUAUGGCAUGCAGUGGUCGUAUCCUUGUGGCGGUCUCCCCGCGACCACAAAUCGAACCAAAUGGCCUAUAACCGGUGGAGGAAUUGCAGUCCAACCUGGUUGGUUCACUGGACAUGCCAGUGCUCUAUUCUAUAUCAAUCUGGGACUUGGAACUGCUGGACCGCAAGGCGGGCCACCCAACGAGUCUUUUCCCAUGCUUCCGCCCUUCCAGAUAGAUGGACCAAGCGACAAUCCAUAUCCUGGAACAUUCUGUUUGCCACAGGUCCCGCUUCCAGCAAAUGUCACUGUCAACGUUGGUGAUGAAGCAACGAUACAGGUUAUUGAGACUGCGAUACAUGGAGGUGCGUUGUAUAAUUGUGCAGAUAUAAUUUUUGCCGAGGAGUCUGAUGUGACACCACUCACAGUGGAUACUUGCUUCAAUGGUUCAACGAUCACAUUCAAAGACCCUUUUGCUGCAGAAGCAUCGCCGACAACUGCGCCAGCAAAUUCGAGCAGUACAUGUGCUAUUUCGACUUCUGUCAUCAGUGCUACGUGCCCGACGCAAACCGCUUGUCCUCAGUGUAAUGGUGAUUCUAGUUUGAAGGAAGGGUUGGGUGUGGGGUUCCCGCUUGGUGUACUUGCACUCGGUGUUUUAGGCUUGUAG